AUGAAAAGACUGAGUGGGAAAUGGCAUGCAGUCUAUUUGGCGUUGUUCAUUUGUUUCUUGGAUGCAGUCUGGGGACAGAUACGUUACUCGAUCCCAGAGGAACUAGAGCACGGAGCUUUUGUUGGCAAUAUUGCAGAAGACCUGGGUUUGGAUUUGGAUAAGCUCUCCGCGCGCAGAUUCCGGAUAGUCUCUGGCACUAAGAAGCAGUAUGUGGAGGUAAAUCUGGAAAAUGGAGUUUUGUUCGUCAAUGAAAGAAUUGAUCGCGAAGAACUGUGCGAGCAGAGUUUGUCCUGCUCUUUUCACUUGCAAGUGGUUAUAGAAAACCCUCUGGAACUCUACAGGGUAGAGAUGGAAAUUCUGGACGUGAAUGACAACUCCCCUAAUUUCCCGUGGACCGAAUUUAAUCUGGACAUAUCAGAGUCCUCUGCGCCAGGUUCCCGUUUCCCACUUGAGAGCGCACAAGACUUAGACGUGGGAUCCAACUCCCUCCGCACCUACUUGUUAAGUGUAAACGAACACUUCUUCUUGGAUAUACAGACGCGCAGUGACGGCAGUAAAUUUGCAGAGCUAGUUCUGCAAAACCCUCUGGACAGAGAGCAGCAGAGUGCGCAUCAGAUGGUGCUCACGGCCGUGGAUGGAGGUGCACCGGAGAGAUCAGGCACUGUGCAAAUUGACAUCACCGUUCUGGACGCAAACGAUAACGCGCCUGUGUUUGAUCAGUCGUUUUACAGAGUGAGGCUGGCCGAAAACGCGCCCAAAGGUACAGUUGUUAUAAAACUUAACGCUUCCGAUCUUGACGAGGGUUCCAACGCUGAUAUCACCUAUUCAUUCAGUGGCCACGCUCCCAUCAAGGUGCGCCAGCUUUUCAGCGUGGAUUCAGAAACGGGGGAGAUCAAAGUCAAAGGAGUGAUAGAUUAUGAAAAGGCCAGGAUGCAUGAAAUUUAUGUCCAGGCUAAAGAUAAAGGCCCCUCUGCCGUAGCAGUUCACUGUAAAGUGCUGGUCAACGUUUUGGAUAAAAAUGACAACCUCCCAGAGGUGAUCUUAACAUCUGUAUCCACACCUGUGCAGGAGGACGCGCCUCCCGGGACGGUAAUAGCCGUCAUCAGCGUGAUGGACAAAGACUCAGGUGAAAACGGGAAUGUGGACUGCGAGAUCCCCCAUCACGUCCCAUUUCAGCUCCACUCGUCAUUUAAGAAUUACUACACUUUGGUUACCUGCGAUUUUUUGGAUAGGGAGGCAGUCGCGGAGUACAACAUCACUCUCACUGCCCGAGAUAUGGGUUCCCCUCCUUUAUUCACCAGGAAAACAAUUUUAGUGCAAGUGUCUGAUGUGAACGACAACACGCCGAACUUUAAACAGCCUUCGUACACUGUGUAUCUGACAGAGAAUAACGCGCCGGGGGCGUCUAUUUGUGCGGUGACUGCACUGGAUCCCGAUUCUGGUCAAAAUGCGUACUUGUCAUAUUCAGUCCUAGAAGGUGACAUACACGGAAUGCCCGUGUCCACGUAUGUGUCCGUAAACUCAGACAACGGUAACAUUUACGCGCUGCGAUCCUUUGACCACGAGCAACUCAAAAACUUUCAGAUCACGAUUCAAGCUCAAGACGCGGGAUUCCCGCCUCUGAGCAGCAACGUUACAGUGAACAUCUUCAUUUUGGACCAAAACGACAAUGCACCUGUUAUAGUUUCACAUGUUCCGCAAAACGGCACUGCGCCCAGCGAAACUGUGCCCAGAUCAGUUGACGCCGGCUAUCUUGUCACCAAAAUCAGCGCGGAGGACGCAGAUGCGGGUCAGAACUCGAGGCUUUUCUAUGAGAUGCUCCAAGCAACAGACCCGAGUUUGUUCAGCAUUGCUCUUUACACGGGCGAAAUCAGGACGAUACGCCAGUUAGUGGAGAAAGACCCCACGAGGCAUAGACUGGUCAUUCUGGUGAAGGACAAUGGUCAGCCACCCCUCUCGGCCACAGUUUCCAUCAUUCUGUCAGUGGUUGACAGCCUGCCAGAUUCCCCGCCCGAUCUGGGUGACCUGUCACUAAGCCCACAUCACAGCACCAACUUUACUCUGUACUUAAUCGUGUCUUUGGGCGCAGUCUCCUUCACAUUUCUAGUGGCUAUUAUCGUCCUCGUUGCGGUGAGGAGACUGAAAGGCAGACCUUCCAACAAAGAGUCCAAGUUCCCUUCCAUCAGCUGCUGCUGCUGCUGCUCUCGUUCAGAAAUAUCCACUACCUCAGAGGUGUUCAAAAAAUCCAACUUAAAUGUCCGUAUGUCCACGGGCGCGUCAGAGGUAAACAGCAACGGCGCACUUCCCCAGGUCUAUUGCUACAAAAUGUGCCUGACACCGGAAUCAUCCAAAAGCGACUUCAUGUUCCUAAAACCGUGCAGCCCGGUAAUGUCAGUUCAGCAGAAUAAUGCCAAGAGCACAGACUACCUGACUUCUGGCUGGAGCGCGCUGGACCACAAUGAGCUGUCCAACAAAAGAGCAGCAACCCCAAACGAGCUCAAGUAUUCAAACAAGGACUGGACGUGGACCAACAACCAGCGCAACUCGGCAUACAAGAGGUAUAGCUCAGCAAAUAUGGAGGGCACGCUUUCACGCCAACCAAAAUUUGACUCUGAUGGGUUUUCCUGCUCUGUGGCACCACAGUACUGGACUUGGGGGAACCACAUGAAUGACUGCAAGAUGCCUCUUCAAGAGGGAGCAGCUCCAAACUAUUCAUGGACUAACAAGUCCACACAGCCUUAUCCUGAAACACCGGACUACCAGCACAACGUGUACAUUCCUGGCACCACAACUGGAUACAGCACUCUGAAGCUGGCACCAAGAGGAGAACUGGACGUAUACAACACCUUCUCCACUUUUGGAAAGAAAAAGAAAUUCAUCUCAAACUAUGAACAAUCUUUUGACAAAGAUGGCAGUCAUAUAAGUAAUUCUAUAUUUAAGUAA